AACUCCCACGUGCCUCGGGGCUACCCGCCUCAUCAGAGAAUUUAAUGCGUGGCCCGCAACCAUGCAUUCUUCCCCAGCCUUCCUCCCUCAGUCAGCCUCACGGCCCCAGUGCCGCCCUCUCCCCACGACCCUCUGGUCAGGCAUGCGCCCCACGGUCACCAUGAAGUUAAACCCCUUCGUGACUUCGGACCGCAGCAAAAACCACAAACGCCACUUUAAUGCCCCCUCGCACGUGCGCAGGAAGAUCAUGUCCCCGCUCUCCAAGGAGCUGCGGCAGAAGUAUAACGUCCGCUCCAUGCCCAUCCUCAAGGAUGAUGAGGUCCAGGUGGUUCGAGGACACUACAAAGGUCAGCAAAUUGGCAAGGUAGUCCAGGUGUACAGAAAGAAGUAUGUCAUCUACAUCGAGCGGGUGCAGCGUGAAACAGCUAACAGCACAACUGUCCACGUGGGCAUUCACCCGAGCAAGGCUCUGUCUUCAAGCAGGAGGAUUCCAGGCAGUCCAGGCUUCACUUCCCUACUACGUGGUAUCCAGAGGGAGAAAGAACAUCUCUUCCUGUGACCUUCACACUCUCCUCAUGGAAUAUGCUGUUCUUCCUUUGCACUCCAGUUUUAUACCCUGUGUUGUAAGGUCUCUCCUCAGUUUCAGAUCCUUUAGGGCAGAAUAGUUGAGAUCUUAAUUAUCCAUAUGAUCUCUGUAUUACCCAAUAGCAGGUGGGAAUGCAGAUGUUUUUUAAACAGUGCAUUUUGCCAGCCAAGUGAAUGAUAGACAAACCAGAAACAUGUUGGUAGUAUCAUUUUUCCCAGCCCAAAUGGCAUUUCAUAUCACUAUAAACCAUCUAAAUUGUCCUAGAUCCUCAGGAGGUAAGGGAGUUGGGUGCCAGAAGAAGUGAUCCAAGCUCUGGUUGUCAGGGGAAGCUCUGCUGUACAAAAUAAUUGUGGUUGUAAAUUCUUUCUACUUAAAAAAAAUGAGGUGUUUGUUUUCUCACUCCUAACAGGUGGUUAUCACCAGGCUAAAGCUGGAUAAAGAUUGGAAAAAAUUUCUUGAACACAAAGCCAAAUCUCGACAAGUUGGUAAAGAGAAAGGCAAAUAUAAGGAAGAACUUAUUGAGAAAAUGCAGGAAUGAAUAAAAACUAUUGUGGAACUGUGGUUUAACUGUAGAUUUUUAGCGUGGUGUGUAUCUCCUUGAAACUUCGAAAUGUGUCUGGAACAUUUUGUUCUUGCUAUGUGGUUCUGUAAAUCUGCUCUUGCUGUUUUAGUAAUUUUAUGAAUAAAAAUUAUAAAUGUUUUCCUUA